UUGACACCGUCGCUGUUUCACAACUGUGUGGAAGCAGAGGGGCUGUAGCGACUUGAAAGGGACCAUCGCAUACCAUGAAGGACUGACCUGCCGCACAGUGCCGAUAUUUUAGAGGUCCUCGUCUCGUCUUUUUUCCUCAGUAAUGAGAGUCUGGAUGACUGCAAAGCGCCCCCCUAAACGAGACACUGCCGAGGACGCGAUUUUUGAGGUGUAGUUAUAUUAAUGGAAUAAAGGCAGUUUAUACAGCAGCAAUGUCUGGAAAAUCAGAUGGGAAAAAGAAGUGGGCGGCGGUCAGGGAUCGCCUGGGUUCCUCGCAGGACUCUGACACUCAGCAGGAAGCCAACCUGGAGAAUUCUGAUCCAGAGCUGUGCAUCAGACUGCUCCAAGUCCCCACUGUCGUCAACUACUCUGGGCUGAAGCGUCGCCUGGAAGGCAGCGAUCAGACAUGGAUGGUGCAGUUCCUGGAGUUAAGCGGGCUGGAUCUCCUCCUGGAGGCCCUGGACCGUCUCUCCGGGCGCGGAUGCUCUCGCAUUGCAGAUGCUCUCCUGCAGCUCACCUGCGUCAGCUGCGUCCGAGCAGUGAUGAACUCGACGGCGGGGAUUCACUUCAUCAUAGAAAACGAGGGAUACAUUCGGAAGCUCUCCCAAGCGUUGGACACCUCCAACACCAUGGUGAAGAAGCAGGUGUUUGAGCUUCUUGCAGCCCUCAGCAUGUUCUCUCUGGACGGUCAUCGGCUGGCACUUGACGCCCUGGAACAUUACAAGGGCGUAAAGACACAGCAGUAUCGCUUCAGCGUGAUUAUGAACGAGCUCCAGGCCACAGAUAACGUCCCUUACAUGGUCACGCUCCUCAGUGUCAUCAACGCUCUCAUCUUUGGGACAGAGGACCUCAGGCAGCGGGAUAGGAUGAGAAAGGAGUUCAUCGGGCUUCAGUUACUUGAUGUUCUGCCAAAGCUGAGGGAGCAGGAGGAUGAAGACUUGAUUAUUCAGUGCGAAGCUUUUGAAGAGGCGAUGGCUGAAGAUGAGGAAGAGCUCCUGCGAGUGUAUGGGGGCAUUGAUAUGAGUAAUCACCUGGAGGUUUUUACUACACUUUUUAACAAGGUGAGCAGCUCCCCAGCCUCUCUCCAGCUGUUGUCCAUCCUGCAGACGUUGCUGGUGCUGGGACCAGGGCGCCCUGACAUCUGGCUGGCUCUGGAGGCCAUCACUAACAGAGCCAUACUGCUCACCCAGGACUCUCAGAUGGAGUCCUGUGAGAAGAUCAUGCAGCGGCUGAUGGUUUUUAAAAGAAAAAGCUGCGACGAUCGGCACGAGGUGGACGGACUGCGGGUCAAAGUGGAUAAGGCUGUGCAGACGGAGCUGGAUCACCCGUACACGGAGAAGCCAAACAAAAGCACACCGUCCCCUAAAAGGCCACUGUGUACCUCUGUUCCACCGCCACCCCCACCACCCCCUCUACCGCCCUCUAAGCAGUGCCCGCCACCACCACCGCCGCCACCUCCUCCACCGCUACCUGGAGGGUUUGCUGGUCCCCCGCCACCUCCUCCAUUGCCUGGAAUGGCUCCCCCACCACCACCACCACCUCCUCUGCCCUUUGGACCAGGGGUCCCCCCUCCUCCCCCGCCCUUACCAGGGAUGGGUGGUGGGCCACCACCGCCUCCACCUUUACCCGGCAUGCCUCCUCCGCCUCCACCUCCAACAGGCAUGAUUGUGGCCCAGAGUAGCCUGGCCCUGGGCUGCAGCGCGCCCUCAAAGACAAGCCGCUGUCCCACUCUGAGGAUGAAGAAGCUCAACUGGCAGAAACUUCGCACUGUUACUGAUGGUCACUCCAUGUGGGCCUCGGUUCAGAAAGAGCCGCCUCCUCACGAGCCCGACUACAGCAGCAUCGAGCAGCUGUUCUGCCUCCCGGUGGCCGAACACAAAGACAAGGGGGCAGCUGCUCCUGUCAAGAAGGAGCCUAAAGAGAUCACGUUCAUCGACCCAAAGAAAAGCUUGAACGUGAAUAUAUUCCUCAAGCAGUUCAAAUGCACAAACGAGGAGUUUGUGGGCAUGAUCCAGAGUGGGGAUCGGACUCGGUUUGACGUGGAGGUGCUAAAACAGCUGCUUAAGCUCCUGCCAGAGAAGCAUGAGAUGGAGAAUCUGAAAUCCUACCAGGGAGAGAAAGACAAGCUGGCAAACGUCGAUCGCUUCUACACCGCUCUCCUUACUGUGCCGUGUUAUCAGUUGAGGAUUGAGUGCAUGCUUUUGUGCGAGGAAACUGCAUCAGUGUUGGAGAUGCUCAAACCUAAAGUCAAGCUUAUGGAGGAGGCCUGCCACUCUCUUAGAACGAGCACGCUCAUGCCCAGUUUUUGCAGGCUCAUCCUCGACGUGGGAAAUUUUCUCAACUAUGGAAGUCACACUGGGAACGCCGAGGGGUUCAAGAUUAGCUCCCUGCUCAAGCUCACAGAAACCAAGGCCAACAAGAGCCGCAUUACGCUGCUUCAUCACAUCCUGGAGGAAGCAGAGGCAAACCACCCAGAGCUGUUGGCUCUACCGGAUGAAAUAGCCAUAUGUGAAAAGGCAGCAGGAAUUAACCUGGACUCUGUUCAGUCAGAAGCCAGUGCGUUACUCAAACGGCUGAAUGAGACAGCCAAGAAAGUCUCCAACUCUGCGGAGGAGGUGAAGGAGCAGUAUGCAAAAGUUCUCGAGGCAAAUCUGGAGUUGUUCGGAGAAUUAAACGAGAGAUUCGCCGCGAUUGAGACGAAAAAGGGUGAACUGGCUGUCUAUUUAUGUGAAGAUGCCAAUCAGCUGUCACUGGAGGAACUCUUCGGUACCAUCAGGACUUUCCGAGGACUCUUCAUCAAGGCGCUGAAGGAAAACAAAACUCGGACAGAACAGGUGGCCAAGGCUGAGAAGAGAAAGAAGCAGCUGGCAGAGGAAGAGUCCAAGAGACAGAAAGGAGAGAAUGGGAAAAUAAUCAAGAAAGGUUUUGUGCCGCAGAACGACGGCUGCAUCAUAGAAAACCUCCUGGCGGACAUCAGAAAAGGUUUCAGCCUCAGAAAGACCCGGCCAAGGUGCGAUUCGGAAAGCCUCCCUUCUAGUGAAAUGCGUAGGGAUACCUGCCCACAUGGAUCAAGUGUGAAGUCUGUAGGCGAAGAAGCCGUCGACAUGGCCACCAUUUCCGCUCCUACCACGUCUCGGACAGAGGGUCGCCACAACAGCACGGGCGAGGUGAACGGCUUUAUAAGCCCGUCAGAAGAGACUCUGCCGGCUCCUCAGCUGAAUGCAGUGCACGACGGCACAGCCGCACCUCCAAGCACACUCCCAGGAAAGACAGCUCCAGCGGCACUCCUGGGAAGACCUACAUCUCUGCAGCCAGAGAAAGAUGCAGCAUCACCCAUAGAUGUGACUCAAGCUCAGUCUCAGGUUAAAGGGGACCACCAACCAUGCCUCCCCACAAAUGGCUUUUCACUAGAUUCAGCAGAGACCAGCGUCAUCAGUCCUUCAUCCCUCUCAGACUCUGACCUGCUGGAGGCUACGUUUGACGACACACCCAGCCCGGCCCCCGAGCAGCCAACGGAUCUUAGCGUAAACGUUCAUGUCAAAGAAAUUCCAAGUACGGACACAAAGCGGAGCAUGGAAAGCGAUAUUAUGGGAGAGGGGAAAGGAAAAACUACUAAUAAACCAAGCCAUUUACCAGAGACUGUAGGGCAAGAGAAGUGGCACGAGGAGACCGCGUACACGGGGGCGAAAACGUCUGGCCAAGACGAGGUCGAUAGUUGCAAACUUGCAGACCCCAAGAAGAGCCUGAUUACGCUCGAUGAAGGCAUCGUGCAAUGCGACGUCCAAGAUGCACUGGAACCAGAAGAUCUGGCAUCUGUGUCCGAAGCCCUUAAGCCAGACCCAAAGAAACAGAUGAAGCUCUUUAAACGAAACAAAAAGAAGAGUAAUCAAGGUAACAGUGGGAAAGGACACACUAAACAUAAAACAGGCUGUGUGUUGCAGUGAGGUGACUCCAGAAAAAGAAAAUCGAGAGGGAAAAGAAAAUGCUGACUUCCGAGCAGGAGUUCAGAACAGUUUAUUUUAUUGGGAUUCCAUAAUGUUGAUUGGAGGAUGUGGAAGUCUUCUGUGAAGCCUCAUCCUGACCAAGAAGAGCGACCACAUCUGAGGCUGGGAUUAUUAUUAUUUUUUUCUUCAAUAAAUGUUUAUUUCUAUAGCACCUUUCAAGACAGCAUCACAAAGUGCUGCACA